UGAGAAUGGAUUUGAUAUAUACUGGGAACAUAACUGAUAUUGCCUGUACAAGUCGAAGACUUUUUUCGAGGUCUGUCCGGAACUCGACUACAAAAAACACAACAAACUACAAAGUACAAACAGAUCAAAGGCAAUGCUAACAGACUGCGAUCUGUCCUCAUCAUGCCCCCCCUCUCCCAUUAUUUAUUACACUUCACCCUCCAUGACAAACCACCCCCAACAGCUCAACUCCUCUUCAUCCCUCCCUGCCAGUACUUUUAAACCCAAAAAAAAUAAAUACCGAACUCGGAAUCUGAACCAAAACAUAGAACAACCCUUCAUUUCCUCCCUCGAACCUUAACCACUCUGGUCUUGACCCAAGGCCCAUUAACGAGAAUCCAUGGCAGGAGCACUAGAGUGCUGGUCAAGCAGAGCCAGCACAGACGAGGACAUGGUUGAACAAGUCCUAAUGAGAACACAUGACAGAUCAGAAACCUCAUCAUCUUCAACAACGGAAGCAGCAUCUCUACAACUAUCUGAUCAAAGCUCGAAUCUUUCACUGAAAGACACUAUUUCCUCAUCUUCUGCAAUGCAAAAAAAGCUUCAAAGAUUGAGUCGAAAUGUGUCCGAAGCCAUUGCUUCACUUAAAAACUCAUUGAAUCUUGAUUCACCACGUGAUUCACAAGUGCAGCUAACGAGUUCUCAGCAGGGUAAUUGUAGUGGUAAUAAGAGUGAGAGAUGUAGAAAGGUUGUGUGGGCCAGUGUUGUACGGAACCUUACCCAGUUGUAUCCAGGGAGCCAGUUGCCUGAGAAGCUUGUGUCCAAUAUUAGAAAGCACUAUGAUUCUUUGCCACUCAGUUAUGCUCAGGCAGGGUUUGAUAUGAAAGAAGUGUUUAUGCACAUGAAGUUGAUAGAGCAGGCACUAGUUGAUGAGCAACCGGCAAUAAUGAUACAAGAAGUGUCUGAUGAUGAGAUACAGGGUGCUGUAUACAAACUCACAUUUGCUUGUAACUCUUCCAUUUCGUGGCCCGUAAUGUCUGGUGCUUUAGAUAGUGCUUCCAUUUGUUGCAAGAAGAUACAGAUCUUUGAAAAGAAGGGAUUUACUCUUGGGGUUGUUCUUCUUUUAGUUCAAGCUGGACAAGCGAAAUCAUUUAAAGCUCGGAUCGAGAAUGCUUUAAAAUCUUCUGUAAAGAAGUCCAAAUCAACCACAGUGAAGCUUCCAUUUGGGCUUUGUGGGUGUCAAGAAGAGAAUAUUAGAGGAAACUUUGGUGAAAUUGAAGAAGAUCCCUGCGAACAAAAUUUUAGGAAUGGCAUUGAGAAUCCGAAUGUGAAGAUUCAGCUCGAGAUGCCCUUACCCACUUCUUCGAUAGUUGUAGCGGUUGAUGAGUGGCAAACGAUUAAUUCUGGCGGGGAUGAAUUAGGGAAAUGGCUUUUGAAUUCUGAUAAUCUUGAAUUAAUUGAUCAGAUUGGACCAAGUUCCUUUAAGGGAGUUUAUAAGGGCAAAAGGGUGGGAAUUGAGAAGCUCAAAGGGUGUGAUAAAGGGAAUUCUUACGAGUUUGAGCUCCGUAAAGAUCUGCUGGAAUUAAUGACUUGUGGUCACAAGAACAUUCAUCAAUUUUAUGGCAUUUGUGUUGAUGAAAAUCAUGGAUUGUGUGUGGUGACCAAAUUGAUGGAAGGUGGAUCUGUUAACGAGUUAAUGCUAAAGAAUAAAAAGCUUCAACCCAAGGAGAUAAUGAGAAUUGCUACAGAUGUAGCAGAAGGAAUGAGGUUUAUGAAUGAUCAUGGUGUUGCAUAUAGAGACCUUAACACGCAACGAAUUUUACUGGACCGGCACGGGAAUGCUUGCUUAGGGGACAUGGGCAUAGUUACUGUUUGCAAGAGCAUGGGUGAGGCAAUGGAGUAUGAAACAGACGGUUAUCGUUGGCUAGCUCCAGAGAUCAUUGCAGGUGAUCCAGAGAAUAUCACCGAGACAUGGAUGAGCAAUGCAUAUAGUUUCGGGAUGGUGGUUUGGGAGAUGGUGACUGGCGAGGCUGCUUAUGCUGCAUACUCACCUGUGCAGGCAGCAGUUGGUAUAGCUGCUUGUGGCCUAAGACCAGAGAUCCCCAAGGACUGCCUGCUAAUCCUAAGAUCUCUGAUGACCAAGUGCUGGAACAAUUCCCCAUCAAAGCGCCCUCAGUUCUCUGAAAUUCUAUCAAUUUUGCUCCGGCCUAGCAACCAAUAUCAAUAGGUAAAAGUUCUUCCAGCCCCAUGGAAUGUGGUCGGAUUAUUACUGAAUUGCGUGUAAAAAAGUUGUCCCUUGUCAAGUUAUUAUGUCCUAUAAUUGCAUAAUUGUAGAUCUUGGAAGUUCACAUAGCAGAAAUGAAGGUAUAUUUCUUCUUGUAACUUAUCGAAUCAAUCUCGCAAAUCAAGGAAAAGAAGAUGAAAAACGUGCCUUGAUUGGCCGAUUGAGUUCUUUA